AACGCCAAACAAACAAUCCGUUUCCCGAUCUAACAACACACAGUUCAAAGAAUGAUGCUACAAACGAAUCUUUUCCGUUCUCACACGAUCUGUCUCCUGUUGACACUGGCAUUCGUUUCGUCCCCUCACAACGUCUGUGAGGGAUUGCAAGUCGCACCUGCCGCCGCCGCUGCGUCGGGUGCCUGGACGUGGUACAAGUCGAUGUUGAUAGCCAAGCCUUUGGUGACAAAGUCUAUUACCUCCAGUUGUAUUGCAGGAGUGUCCGAUGUUAUGUGUCAGAAGGUCGUGAUUAGUGCCACUCCGAAAGAGGAAAGGACUUCAAAGUUGGAUUCAACUCGGGUUCUCCACACCGCAAUCACUGGCGCCGUUUGGUCUGGUCCUAUUACGCACUUCUGGUAUAUUGUCUUAGAAAAGUGAGUAGUAAUUCGACUAGAGAGUAAAUCUUAGUCCAUCUAUUUUCAAGAGAAGACCUUGGUUUUUGGGAACGGACAUGUUUCAUUAYUUUUGCUCACCAGAUGUUCGAUGUCUUCUUUUCAUGCUUCAACUGYCAACAGAAUGUACAAAGCUAUUGCUGAAGCCGCAAACAUACAAGAUCCUGCAAUCGGACUCGUUAUCAAACUUAUUUUAGACUCCACUAUAUUCAGUUCGGUAACACUUACAGGUAAGAAUUUUUUACUUUGUUCAGAAUGCAAAUCAGAACCCGAUUCGACGAGCAACGAUGUUGUGCCUAUAAACAGCAUGACAUGUUCAACAACGUUACUCACGAACUCCUAUGACCCCCACGCACUUCAACUCUGCCACCAAAUGCCCAGGCUACUUCACUGUUAGAAGUAUCCUGGAGGGAACUGGACUCAAAGGCGCAAGUGAAAAAGUGCGAACCAGAUUCCUCUCAUCUCUGUUCGGGGCUUGGAGAUUUUGGCCGUUGGCAAAUGCCGUCAACUUUUGGUUUGUACCAAUGGAAUAUAGGGUGCUUUAUAUGAAUGUUUUGUCUGUCUUCUGGAAUGGUUGGCUGACGUUCGUAAACUCCAAAAAAAUUGCUCUACCCUCAAAGGAAUAGAAURCACUUUUAAUAUUGAAUACAAGGAGCAAAACAGAGAUAAUUUCUGACCGCGGACUAAUGAAAAUCCAUAAUUUGAUUGGUGGGAUUUUAAAGUCCAAGCACAGUAGAGAUAAGCUAGCACAAUGAUUAGACACU